AAAAUGCAAUCGGAAUACCGUCAGUGAGGACUAUAAGUGGUACCUGACCUCGGGGACCGUGCUCCAAGUGGUCGGAGAGCCGGUAAUGGCAGGCUACGUACUCGAGAUCAAGAGAAACUACGAAUGCAGCACCGAUAAGGACUUGAAAGCAUUGGUUCUUGGAGACGUCGACGCUGCAAACGUUCAUGAGUCGACGUCAGACGCGAGCGUCGAGGAUUACACCCCGAGGAGUGUUCUUGAGCGCCAUAUUGCGACGGUCAACACCAAGCGAUGUCAGGAAUGGACAAUGGAGGUCUUGGCCCAUCUUGUCAAGGAAAACCUGAUUCACGAAGAUGCUGUAAACAUUGUCCAGGCAGAGAGAGACCCGCCAACCCACGGAAUCUUUGGUUAUAGGUAA